AUGAAGGAACCACAGGACGCUCCCGGAUCGGGCAUCCACUUCCCGCAAGGAGUCGUAUCGGAAAAGGUUUUAGAAGAAGUUCAAAAUAUAGCGGAUAUGUUCCGUGUCGAUGCAGACACUCUUCGACAUAUCACCGAUCAUUUUGUCAAGGAGAUGGAGAAAGGUUGGUAUACCUCUCUGGCCGCAUCUAUCUCACCAAUGAACGUAACCUGGGUAACCAAAUCCCCGACCGGCCACGAAACAGGCCAAUACCUGACCGUGGACAUGGGCGGGACCAAUCUCCGCGUGUGCAACGUCAUCCUGACAGAAGAGAAAGGUGGAUACAAGAUUACACAAAGCAAGUUCAAGUUACCAGGUGGCUUGAAGACAGGUAAUGCAAAGGAGUUAUGGGAGUACAUAGCAGACCGUGUGGCGGACUUUCUGCGCGAGCAUGAAUUGACGCCCAAUCCGGACGAGAAACUGCCACUUGCGUUUACUUUUUCUUAUCCAGUGACGCAGGAUAAUAUUCGGCAUGGUGUGUUGCAACGCUGGACAAAGGGAUGGGAUGUAUCGGGUGUAGAGGGCGAGGAUGUUGUUGCGCAGUUGGAGGAGGCAUUUGCGGAGAGGAAUGUCCCCGUGCACAUUGUCGCAUUGGUUAACGACACGACUGGAACGCUUAUCGCAUCGGCAUACAAAGACCCCGAGAUCAAAAUCGGUAGCAUCUUUGGCACCGGUUGCAACUCUGCAUACAUGGAAAAGAUCGGGCGCGUGCCAAAGAUCUCAGAGCACCAUCUUCCUGCGGAUCAGUUGGUAGCUAUCAAUACCGAGUAUGGUGCCUUCGACAACAGUCAUCGUGUUCUGCCGCGAUGUCAGUUCGAUCUCGAGAUUGACCGUACUUCCCCGCGACCGGGUCAACAAACAUAUGAAAAGAUGGUGGCUGGCCUGUACGUGGGAGAAAUAGUAAGGCUGAUAAUUAUCCACCUACAUGAAAAAGUGGGCUUUUUAGAAAACAUGGAUCUCAGUCGACUCCGACAUAUUCAUGCUAUGGAAUCGUCGUGUGUGUCGAGGAUGGAAGAGGCUGGGUCAGCGGAGAAUAGCGCCAUGGCGGAGACACGAAACUUUCUGAAAGAGAAUUUCGGCAUUGAGCCGACACUCGAGGAACUCCGUGUCUGUUGUCGUCUUGGGGAGAUUGUCUGCACGCGUGCGGCCAGAUUGUAUGCGUGCGGUAUUGCGGCUAUCUGUAAGAAGGAGGGCAUACGCCAAGGCCGUGUUGGUGUAGAUGGUUCUACGUUCGAGAAGCUUUUCCGGUUCAAGGAGCGGGCAGUUACUGCUUUACGAGAGAUUCUGGAGUGGCCUGAUGAUUCGGAGGAUUUGAUUACCUUUGUGCCGGCAGAGGAUGGGUCAGGAAUUGGUGCAGCUUUGAUUGCGGCGUUGUCCGGGAAGGAGUGA